AUGGCUCCUCCCACUCCUGCGGAAGGACUGGUUCAGUUCCUUCUAAGCUGCAUCCGUCAUAGCAACAACGGCAAGAUCGAUUUCGAAGCCGUGGCAGGAGAAUGCGACAUCGUCUCGAAGGGAGCUGCAGCAAAGCGCUACGAGAGACUGUUGAAAGCAAACAACAUCAACCCCACCGGCGGCAGCCUGGCCAGCACUCCCAACAACUCCCCCGAGAAAUCGACUACUGCCACUGGCACUGCCAACACCACCAGCACCACCUCUACCCCGACCAAGAAGGCGGGCGUCAAACGCAAGGCGGCGGCCUCCAAGCCCGCGCCCAAGAAAGCGAAGCUGAUGAAGAAGGCGGCCGUGAUGUGUGCGGAGGAUAUUGUGAAAUUGAACCAGGGCUCUGGCGGUGACGACAAGGACGAUGGUGACGAGAACGAAGACGAGAACGACGAUGACGACGAUGGCUCUUUGUUCAAGGGUGUGACCGUUUGA